UGUGGAGGACUUCUUCUUUAGAUCGACACGCGCGUGCAGCGUGCCUUUUUUUUCACUGCUCAAAGCAAGCUUAAAGGGCGCUCCGCGAUUCAAGCAUCCUGACCAACUUUCUGCGUUGCCUCCGCUUGGGCUUGUCCUCAUGGUCGUCGUUUGCCCACAACUCUUGUUGAACGGCGCCUGUGCAGACGGCGCCUGCGGCUACAGACACGAUGUUCAGAUUUGCAGGCCCUGUGGAGCCAUAUGUUACAACGCGACUUUCUAUCAGACCCACUGCGCUAGUCAGCGGCAUCACAAACGCGUCAAUGGGCUCCUCGACACUUUUCACUGCUCUGUUUGCCAGACCAACGUCUCCACGGUCGACGGGUGGGCUAUCCACGUCCGGGGCAAGAAACACAAUACUCUUGCUCGACAGCAAGGCGUUGACCCAGAUGUCCCGCCGGAAGAGGCCAGCACGCUCCCGGGCCACGUCUUCUGCAACGUGUGCAGCGUCGGCAUUCCGCAGCAACAUUGGAAUUCGCAUGUCAAUUCGCGGUCGCAUGGAAGAAAGAGUCUGGUCGCAUCGUACGAGGCCGCCUUCGAGGAAGCUGGCAAGAACAAACAUGGUAUUGACGUCUCACAUGAGGACGAUGGGUUGGACUUCGGGAUCGUCGACGUCGAAGAUGCUCUGCAAGGCGCCACUAUGACACUGACCGUUAGGAACACAGUUCCUACGUCGAGAGUGAGUCUCGUUGAUGCCAAGUUUUCCUCGCAAUCGCCGAGGUUCUCUGUAUCGUAUGACACUUCCGUCCCGCUGCUCUCAUGCAGCAGAAGCAUCAACAUCUCUGUUGUGCUCCGACAGCAGUACCGCGGACACUACGAUGACCGUCUCGAGAUGGUUUUCGAAGACACGUCGCUCAAGCAGCGCUUCGUCAUCAUCCGCCCGGUCAAGGCGAUAGUCGGCAGCCGCGCAGACUACGAGGCCCUGAAACCUAAGUCCCCGUACGUGCCGCGCAAGCGCACGCCGCGGACACCCGAGACCGACGUCGUACCCGGAGUGGCGCCGCCCUCAGUGAAGGCGGUCCCGUACGUCGGGCAGCUCCCGCACGCUCGCAUCCCACCCAACAUCGCGGGGGCUUUGUCGAGGGGCCAGGCGGUCCGUGCGACGAGCUACUUCCGGAACUCGAUCUUGCCAUCGCAGCUGAACAGCGAGACGCACGCGCGCUACUACAAGACGCUUCUGUGGGUGGAGGAGCAUAGGAUGGAGAAUGACUUGCAGAUGUAUGAUAUCACCGACACGAAGCUUACGCGGCACAAUCAGUACUACUAUCUCGCGGUUCCUGGCUUGGCCGAGAAUCGCCCCAGUGUCCUCGUCGGUGAUAUCAUCCUCGUCCAGCCAAGCGGUUCCGCCCCAGGACGCUGGUUCGAGGGCCACGUCCACUUCGUACGCAGGGACGAAGUCGGACUCUGCUUCCAUACCUCCUUCAGGCAGCAGUCCGCAGGCGACUUGUACACGGUGCGCUUCAAACUCAACCGUAUUCCGCUGCGUCGUCAGCAUCAGGCACUCGAUGCGGCCUUCCACCCAGAUCGCCUCCUGUUCCCUACUCAGACUAUCAUCCAAGGGACUCGCCCGUCGAGGUCAACUGUCCAGCCGCAUAUCUACAACAGACUCAUCGCGGGAAACGAAGCGCAGUUGCAGGCGGUGGCAUCCAUUGCUAGUCUCAGGCCGGGAUCCGCGCCGUUCGUCAUAUUUGGCCCGCCCGGCACCGGCAAGACGAUCACGAUGGUCGAGAGCAUUCGGCAGGUCCUCCGCCUCAACCCGCGGGCCUGUAUCCUCGUGUGCGCCCCUAGCAACAGCGCCGCCGACCUCGUCGUCUCGCGCCUCUCGAUUCUCGGGAACUCGCAGCUCUUCAGGUUUUACGCUCCCUUCCGAAACAAAGACCUCGUGCCGGACUCGAUAUUACCCUUCACCUACCGCACCGAGACGGGCCACUUCUCUGUGCCUCCCAUGGCCAUUGUCAAGCGAUACAGGGUCAUUGUAUCCACAUGUGUGUCUGCAUCGUUUGCGCACGGGAUCGGCAUGCCCCGUGGACACUUCACGCAUGUCUUCGUCGAUGAGGCUGGGCAGGCGACUGAACCGGAGGUGAUGAUUGCCAUCAAGACGAUGGCGGACAACGACACGAACGUCGUGCUGUCGGGUGAUCCAAAGCAACUUGGGCCAAUUAUUCGCUCUGCGGUUGCGCGUGAUCUAGGGCUGGAGAAGAGCUACAUCGAGAGGCUGAUGGCGCGUCCUGAGUACGAUGAGACGGCAGGCUACGGUGUCUCGGUAGUGAAACUCGUGAAGAACUUCCGGUCCCACGAAUCGAUCCUUAAGUUCCCGAACGAACGCUUCUACAGGGGCGAGCUGCAAGCUUGCGCAGAGACCAAAGUCACGCACGCGUAUAUCGGUUGCACAAUCCUUGCCAAUCCAGACUUCCCUGUCCUCAUUCACUCGAUUUCGGGCAAGGACGAUCGCGAGGCGUCUUCGCCGUCAUUCUUCAAUAUCGAUGAAGCUUCGCAGGUCAAGGCAUAUGUUCUAGCGCUCAAGGCCGACAGACGCUUCCGUACGAGCGAUGCUGACAUAGGUAUCAUCACCCCAUACCACGCGCAAUGCCUCAGGCUCCGCUCGAUUCUACGGCCCGUCGCGGAUGGGAUCAAAGUGGGAAGCGUCGAAGAAUUCCAAGGCCAAGUGAGAGCAUAUCUUCGGAUACACGCUGCAAAUAUUGCUAAUGCUUCCACAUUGCAGGAACGCAAAGUAAUCAUCGUCUCUACUGUACGAAGCAGCCGUGAGUUUGUGGAGUACGACCUGAAGCACACUCUUGGCUUCGUGGCGAACCCUCGUCGGUUCAAUGUCGCGGUCACUCGUGCUCAAGCAUUGCUGAUCGUCAUUGGCGACCCGGAUGUGCUCUCACUGGAUCCGCUAUGGCGCUCAUUCCUCAAUUAUGCUCAUGGCAGAGGGGGGUGGAAAGGGCCUCCGCCUUCUUGGGAUACCGGUGCGACCGUGGACCACACAGGCGGGUAUGACCAACGCCUGAAGGGGUCUGCCUUGGCGGAUAUGAACGAGUUCACCAGGCGCAUGGAAAUGAUGACUCUCAAUGGUGUCACGUCUGACUCGGCUGACGAUGAAGACAUCGAUGUGAACGUCGAUCGUCCAUGGCGCGAAGUCGAGUAGUUCAAGUAUUGCAAGGCCGUUCGAUCUGCUUCUUGUUUCCAUCUUGCUGAGACGAUGCCGGAAAUACAUAGUAUGGUUGCCAUCAAUUGACCAUUGCCUAAUGAAUGUCAAAAUUCGCGCAAUCUCCUUGUUCCGUACUAAGUAUAGUACCCGUAUACUUAGUACUGCGGUGACCCGUUUGUGGCCAUGGACUCUGCAUAAAAACUGAUUUGGGAUCGCCUGUUGAGGCAGACUGCCUGCACAUCUGUCCGCUGAUG